AUGAAGACGGCGAGAUAUGCCACCUCCCGACAAAAGGCCUGCCUACGCUGUUCGGCUGCCAAGGCGAAAUGUGACCGCAGAGCAGGGCGCUGCACCAGGUGUGCUCUGCGAGGCCUGUCCUGCACGUACCCUCGAGCCCGCUCUCCAACAGCUUCAAGGCCGAACAUUCCGAGCCGUCUCUCUACGGGCUUGGAGGCUCCUGACUUUUCCUUAGUGGAAGUCCUUUCAGGCCCGGAGCUCUUUUGUCCUAUCAACGCGGACGACAUCCGCAACCGCUGGCUGAAUACGUAUCUUCCCGACCCUGGCCAAAAGACGAAAGAAUAUUCCGCAUCUAUCACGGCGUUUAUCUACAGGAUCCUCAAGUCUUAUGCGGCUGUGGCCGUACAUGGUCGCGGAGCGCCACCAUUCGUGCACACCUCGCAGAUUACGACAACAUCAACACGGCCGCCGCUUUCUACUUGCCUGACUUUGGUUCGUAUGUGCGAAAAGCCAUUGCCAGGUAGUGAACGCGCCGCAGCGGAUGUGCUACAAAGAGAGAUGAGCAGCCUAUACGAGCAGCAUGAGACGUACGACGAUCUGGCUCUGCUUGGAGCAUUCCAAGCCUACCUCAUUUACUCCAUGGUUUUAUUCUUCAGACUCAACGAAGGGUCGAGCCCAUGCCUCCGACAGGCAAUGAUGAACCUACAAGAUCUUGCCAGCGCAGCCAGCCGUCGAGGCCUCAUGUGUAUAGCGGAGCAGCAGCGUGUGCGUCCAAGAUGGGAAGCCUGGAUUACCGCCGAGGCGAAGCGCCGGACGCUGUUCACCAUGUACCUGUUCGACAGCGUCCUUUCGGCCCAAGAUGGCCUUCCGACCUUGCUGGGCACCGAACUACAAGGGCUGCCUGCCCCAGCGAACCACUCUUUGUGGAGGGCACAGACGCGUCACAAGUGGGAAACGGCGUAUAACCUCCACCUGGCGGACUGGGUGGAAGGUCUCCGCAUUGACGAACUUUGGCCGAUGCCUGCAAACCUGGGUGAAGUUGGUAUCAUCGAAAGACGCAGCAGAGUGGAUCAGUGGCUAGAGAAUGUCGAUGAGUUCGGAACAGUGCUUUACGCGGUAACGAGUUGCACGCACGUAGGCCAUGAUUGGUCGGAAAGCCUGGCUCAGAUCUCAACUCCGCACACUAUAGCGCUCAACUCCGCUCAGAUCCGGAGGCUAACGCCAUCAACGCCAGCAGAAACUUACAGCAUCUUCGACAGGCGUCAAAAAUUUCUGCUCGUCUUCAUCGUUUCCACCGCUGCAACCUUCUCCGGUUUUGCGUCGAACAUCUACUUCCCUGCGCUUCCUACCAUCGCCCACGAUCUGAAUGUCUCAGUGGAGCUAGUCAACCUCACAGUAACCUCGUACCUCAUCUUCCAGGGCUUAGCGCCCAGCCUCUGGGGUCCCGUAUCCGACGUCAAGGGCCGCCGAAUAGCCUACUGCUGCACCUUCCUUGUGUUCCUCGGUGCAUGUAUCGGCCUCGCAGAAACGAAGAACUUCGCCACGCUAGUCGUGCUAAGAUGCUUGCAGAGCACCGGCAGUGCGAGCACGAUUGCGGUCGGGUCCGGUGUCAUCGGAGACAUUACCACGCGCGCUGAGCGCGGAGGCUUCAUGGGGAUCUUUCAGGCUGGAUUGCUCAUCCCUGUAGCCGUUGGACCGGUGAUCGGAGGCGCUCUGGCUGGAUCUUUAGGCUGGAAGGCGAUUUUCGCCUUCCUAGCUAUCUACAGCGGCGUCUUUCUGCUCCUGUUGGUCUUCCUCCUUCCCGAAACACUACGGUCGAUUGUCGGGAACGGAGGUCGGCGGCCAGCGAGUCUAAUCGCGAGAUAUCCUCUAACUGCCUAUCAGAGGCUCACAAGAGUAAAGUGGAAAUCGGAAGCGGAAUCAGCGCAACCAGCUGCAAGAAAACAUAUCGACGUUACUGGACCGCUUCGCAUCCUCGUCAGCAAACAAGCAGCGCCCAUCAUCUUCUUCCUCGCCAUUUACUACGCUGUCUGGCAGAUGAGCAUCACUGUCAUGUCCUCACUCUUCGAGCAACGGUACGGCCUCGGCGAAACGCAAAUCGGCCUGACAUUCAUCGCGAACGGCAUGGGCUCGAUGAUCGGUACACUCGUGACCGGCAAAAUCCUCGACGUAGACUACCGCCGCGUCAAAGCGAAGCACGAGGCUCGAUCACAGCGGCCGGACAUUGAAACAGGAGGGGGAAACCUAACCCGUCGGACGACAACCCACCCUGAAGACCAUUUCCCGCUCGAGCAGGCCCGCCUUCGCCUCGUCCCCCUCUUCUCUCUCUUCCAGUGCCUGUCCAUUCUUCUCUUCGGCUGGACCAUUCAAUACUCCCAUCGCGUCCACAUCGCCGUCCCUAUCAUCGCUACCUUCGUCACGGGCUGGACCGCCGUCUCUACGCAAUCCGUCAUCAUGACCUACCUCGUCGACAUCUUUUCCGACCGUAGCGCCGCCGCGAGUGCUAGCCUCAAUCUCGCGAGAUGCUUGUUUGCGGCCGGCGGCACGAGCUUCGUGAUGCCUUUGGUGGAUAGCGUGGGGGUUGGGCUGGCAUUCACGAUUUGUGCGAUUGUGCAGGCAGUUGCGUUAACGGGUGUUGCUGUGCAGUGGCGGUUUGCGGGUAGGUGGAGGAGGGAAGCGGAGAGGAAGGAAAGAUUGGACGAGGAGCAGCAGAAGGAGGCGCGUGUAGUGGUGUAGGUAGGCUCUCGCGGUGUGGAAUUCUCCGGAUAGAACGAUGUGCGCAACAGCUACCUUGGAGGCCUUCGCGGGUGCGUACAAUGGACGAGCCAAUCUUACUUGUACGGCGAGCCAGAAUUCCCUACCGCAAGAGGGAGGCUUCAGCUUGGAAUGUGCGAAGCGCUUGCGAAUAUAAGCUUUUAGUGGCGCUGGCGCAGAGCGAAUGCCAGUCUUAUAAGCUGGAUCGUCU